AACAAGUUAAGUAGUGGACUGGUGUGUCGCACAAUAAAACACUGACAUCAACCAAAUCUAUUUAGCCGUUUUAUCUACAUUACUGGAUUGUAGUGAUAACAGUCAAGUGAAUCUAACAAAUUCAAUGGAGAAGUUGACUGAUGAAUUGGCGAGUAUUUUGAUAGAUGACUUGAGACUUGAUGGAGAUUUGGACUGUAUGCUGCCGGAUUUCCCUUCUCCUGGCAUUAAUCAUGAAUUCGUGCUAAUGAUUGACAAGAAGUUAAUGCCUGAGUGUGAUACAGAGGACCCGAAUCAUGCUAAGAAAUCAUGGAUAACGUGUGCUGCGACAGCGGCUGCUUAUGUGUACAAGUCUGUUGGUGAGAGUGUAUCCCAGCCAUUACGCGUAUGGUUAAGCAAUGCAGCGAGUGCAGUGAUCCUCCAUGGACUUCUUGGAGAGCUGAUUGUUUCAACACAAGAGGAUUCAGACAGAAAUCGAACAAAUGAGAAUAUAUCACUACCCGAUACAGUUGUAGAUGAUCGUUCGGAUGGUUAUUGGUAUUAUGGUAGUUGGACGGUGGAGAAUGUGGCGAGUAGCUCGGAGAUGAGAGGUGUGUUGAAAGCUGAGAUGGCGAAUGCAUGUGUCUCGGUGAUGAUAGCCUCUGUGGUGAAUUACUUUGAGGAGAAUCGGUACACACCGAGUGGCUUCAGGAAGUACAGUUAUGCAUGUAGAGUACUUAGAAGUGGUAUGAUGGAGAAAUAUGGUCUGACAGAUGAGUCGGAUAAGACGAAGGCAAUGCUGAUCACUGGUCAUUGGGUAUCGAAAUUGGUGGUUUUCGGUAUGGCUACGAAAGACCGAGAACUAAACCACCCAAUUAGACCUGUGAAGAGGAUUGGUUACAAGCAGUCUGUUCAUGAAAUAGAUAUCAGUAUGUAUUUCUAUGAUGUUCCGGCUGGCUUCACAUACACAGGAAUCGCCACGCUAUGGCCAGAAGAAUGGUUCGAUCUGUGUGCAUCCUCUACUUUGAUAAUAUUUCUCAGCUGAUUGACUUACGACAGCUUUACCGUCGAAUAGUUGGUGAUCCAUUUCAUUAUCAUCUAGAUGGUGAGUAUUUGACUGGUUCACCGAGAACAACAAUCAGUGACACAGGGAACAAGCUGUUUGGUCGACUGAUCACUUAUUUUAAGAUCUUUGAACCGAGGACGAACUACUGCUUAUCCUCAAUUGUGUAUGAAUGGAGAAACACGUGAGAAGCACUACAUGGAUUACAGUGAUCAAUGGGAGAAAAUUUUGUUGGUGAUUUUGGAUGCGAUUUCCAAGCCAACUGAACUUUCUGUACUAGAUGCGGUAAGCAAGAUAUGCAGUGAUUGCGACAAAUUUCUGCUGAAUGCUGACAAGCUGAAAGAUUGUUGGAAUUAUUAUGACGUUAAUCGUCAAACGCAGAGUUGAUUCGCAAAAGUUUCUCCUCAAAAUGAGAGAUAAUUUAUCGCGU